CUUCUUAGGCUUAAAAACGCCACACGAAGCUUAAACAAACGUCUGGGCUCUAACCUUCGACCCCAGGUGCCUUGGUUACGGAAAUACCUGGUACUUACAGUUACCGCAUCACCAUGGCGAGCAUCGACAGAUACCGGCCACCGUACCGAGAAGCUUACCAACUUCCACCAACACAUCCUACCAAUAAUACCAAUAAUACCAAUAAUACCAAUACUUCAAACAACUCUUCAAAGUCGCCAUCUAGAAGACGCGACAUACCUCCCCCCGUACCAUCGCCUCCUACAAAUUCGUCGCGUACCUCGCCACCCGGACCACAGUCGCGACGACCCGUGCCUUCUCCUACUCGCUCUACACCUCGAACACCUCUCGCAAUGGCGAACCAGUGGCACUUUACUCAGGACGAGGUUCUCAGCAGUCCAAGUAUCAUAGAUGGAUUGUCACCAGUCGAAGAAAGGUUGAGGCGAGCGAAAGGCGUGAACUUCAUUUACCAAGCCGGCAUUCUACUCGAACUUCCCCAAACUACCCUUUUUGUUGCCGGAGUAUUCUUUCACCGAUUUUUCAUGCGAUGCAGCAUGGUCGAGGAGAAGCAUGGAAUACAUCACUACAAUAUCGCAGCUACCGCUCUGUUUCUUGCCAACAAGACCCAAGAGAAUUGCCGUAAAACCAAAGACAUCAUUAUCGCGGUCGCAAAAGUCGCCCAGAAGAAUGCCAAACUCGUCGUGGACGAACAAUCUAAGGAAUAUUGGAGAUGGCGAGACAGCAUUCUCAUGUUCGAGGAAGUCAUGCUUGAGAAUUUGACAUUCGAUCUCAUGAUUGAUAGCCCGCAUUUCAAAUUAUACGAUUUCCUCGGGCAUCUACAAGCAAUUCACAACAAAAAUCUACGACACGCCGCCUGGGCGUUCUGCAACGACGCGUGCCUGACUAUUCUACCACUUCUCAUGGACGUCCGCGACAUUGCCAUUGCAUCGAUCUUCUUCUCGAGCACAUUUACUGGAGAGAGAUUAGAAGAUGUAAAUGGCGAGCCUUGGUGGAAAGCGUUGAACGGCAACGAGGACCACUGCGUUAAGGCGAUAAAAGUUCUGAAGGAAUUCUACGUCGAAAACCCAUUGCGCAAGAACGAAAACCCGUAUUCGCAAUCGCCCGUCUUCAUUCUGGAUAACACACGAAGGAGAGGCGAAGAUAUUAGUGUUCGUUCGGCCAAUGGCACACCUGGAACAGACAGCGCCACCCAAAGCCCCAGAGGCAGGAUAAACGGCAUUGACGAUAAUACCGAACGAGAGGCUGAAACUGCUGCUGCCGAGUCUGCCUCUCAAGCUGCUCCGGGCGAUUCGGAUGCUGUACUUAAAGAGGCAGCAAAUAAUCCUGUUGUGCAUGCAGGUACUAAUGGUAUCAAACGAAAGGAACCGGGGUCAUCGAUUCUUGAGGAACAGGAUCAGAAGCGACGACGCCUCAGCUCCGAUGACGAUGAGGGUGAGGUCCAUGAAUAGGAGAGUGCAUCUUCCACACGUUCUUUCGGACCGUAUUAUACGAACGCGGGGGACUCGCCUGAGCCCAGAGAAAGAAGCUCAACAGAACCUGAGGUAAUAGAUGAGGCAAUAGAGGACGAUUCGGGAGAACUAGCCUGUGACGAAGCGG